AUGGCAGCCAUCUUGUUCUCGACCAUCGAAGUAACACGACAGGUGUUCUAUCGCACGUCUCUCUCGUACGCCAUCGUAAAUUUAAAGCCCCUCGUGCCCGGUCGUAAGCUGUCCAUUGACGGUAAAGCCGCUGGUCAGACGAUUCCACAUGUACACUUCCACCUCCUCCCUCGAAAACUCAAAGGAGAUCGCUUUUCCGAGCACAAAGACGACAUCUAUCCGGAGUUGGAGCGUGCAGAGGACGAGCUCCCGCUGCAUCUUGCCGCAACUCUCGUGGAGGGCGGUCAUGAACCGCUGAAAGUUGAUGCCGAUAAAGAUAGAGUACCGAGGACAAUGGAUGAGAUGGAGAAGGAGGCACGAUGGUUGAAGUCAUUGUUUGAGAUAGAUGAGACCUGA